CGCGACGCGACGGUAGGCUAGGCGUGUAAAGUGCUGGGCCAACGGCACCUAUCUAGGGUCCGCAGAGUGACGAAUUCCUGUGCAGCGCUGCACGCUCGACUGUCAAACUUAAACCCACACCCAACAAAAUGCCGUCAGCGAAAACAGUAGAAGAGAAGGGAGAAUCGUCGACGGCAGCGGCCAAAAAGGCGCUGACCGCGACCUCCACGAGCACCCCCAGCUACGAGCUCCCAUGGGUGGAGAAGUACAGACCGAUAUUCCUCGACGACGUGGUCGGCAACACAGAGACGAUCGAGCGGCUAAAAAUCAUCGCAAAAGAUGGCAACAUGCCGCACGUCAUCAUCUCGGGCAUGCCCGGCAUCGGGAAGACCACGAGCGUGCUCUGCCUGGCGCGGCAGCUGCUGGGCGACUCCUACAAGGAGGCCGUUCUGGAGCUGAAUGCCAGUGACGAGAGAGGAAUCGACGUGGUCCGCAACCGAAUCAAGGGCUUCGCUCAAAAGAAGGUGACGCUCCCGGCGGGGCGGCACAAGCUCGUGAUCCUGGACGAGGCGGACAGCAUGACGUCGGGGGCGCAGCAGGCGCUGCGGCGGACCAUGGAGAUCUACUCCAACACGACGCGGUUCGCCUUUGCGUGCAACCAGUCCAACAAGAUCAUCGAGCCGCUGCAGUCCCGGUGCGCCAUCCUGCGGUACGCGCGCCUCACGGACGCGCAGGUGGUCCGGCGGCUCCUCCAGAUCAUCGAGGCCGAGGGGGUGCGGCACAGCGAGGACGGGCUGGCGGCGCUCGUCUUCAGCGCCGAGGGCGACAUGCGGCAGGCCAUCAACAACCUGCAGUCGACGCACGCCGGCUUCGGCUUCGUGUCGGGCGACAACGUCUUCCGCGUCGUCGACUCGCCCCACCCCAUCAAGGUGCAGGCCAUGCUCAAGGCCUGCCACGAGGGCAACGUGGGCAGCGCGCUCGACGGCCUGCGCGAGCUCUGGGACCUCGGCUACUCGAGCCACGACAUCAUCAGCACCAUGUUCAAGGUCAUAAAGACCAUCCCGACGCUAAGCGAGCACGCAAAGCUCGAGUUCAUCAAGGAGAUCGGGUUCGCGCACAUGAAGAUCCUCGAGGGCGUCCAGACGCUGCUGCAGCUGAGCGGCUGCGUCGUCAGGCUGUGCAAGUUGAACAUGGACCCCAAGAAGUUUGAGAGGCCCUCGGCCAAGAAAUAAAGCCGCUGAUUUUUGCUUCCCUAUGCUGUUAAACUGCCCGUACAUGUUUUUCCCUGGCGCGCUUACCCCGACAGGACGAUUCUCGACUUGAUUCUUUUUCUUUUUUUUCGUAAGCGUGGCCCGGCGUUGAUGGAUGGGGGGAAUAGACAAUGUUUUUAGUCUGCGGCGCCCAACCCUUGUUCAAUCAAUCACAUGAACACGCGCAA